AUGUCCCUAUACUCUGACCAUAUCCUUCGACAUGUGCCGUCAUUCUCCCGCAUACUAGUAGCAUCAUCCAUCUUACGCAUCGCGCUCAUCAUCUACAGCGAGUGGCAUGAUGCCCACUCCAUUGUGAAAUACACCGACGUCGACUACCGCGUAUUCAGUGAUGCUGCUCGUUUCAUGCUGCAUCCGUCCCCGGACAAUCGUGCGGAGGGCCCAUUAGCAGCGUACUUCAACUUCGGAAGUCCAUAUACGCGCGCAACGUACCGCUACACUCCGUUGCUCGCUGUCCUACUCGCUCCGAACGAAUGGGUGCACCCAUCCUUUGGGAAGUUCUUGUUCGCGGCCGCGGAUAUAGUUGCGGGAGUGCUCAUGCACAACCUGCUUCUCUCCAUCGUCCUCCCUGAUGGAUCGCGCAUCCCACAAAAGAAUGUGACCGAGAAUGCCAGCUCUGGUGCAGCGGACGCGAAGAACCGUGAAGAAGCACUACGGCGACGAGCAACUUUCCUAGUCUCCCUACAUCUCCUGAAUCCUCUCGUCUUCACCAUAUCCACGCGUGGCUCUUCGGAGUCUGUAUUGUCGCUUUUCGUCCUCGCUACGUUGUACUAUGCUCUCAAGGGCAACUGGGAUCUCUCCGCCGUUCUCUUGGGACUGUCGACACACUGGAAAAUAUACCCGUUCAUUUACGGCGUCGCGUGUCUAGGAGUAAUAGGGAGGGAACAUGGGGCAGGGGGAGGCUUGACCGGUUACUUGCGGUCGAUCUUGAACAGAGGUACGGCCAGGUUUGGGCUGAUCAGUGGAAUGACCUUCCUGGCGUGUGGUGUUGCAAUGUACGCCAUCUGGGGGCAGCCGUUUCUUGAGGAGUCUUACCUGUACCAUCUCCAUCGGCUCGAUCACCGACACAACUUCUCGCCCUACUUCUACCUGGUGUAUCUCACAUAUCCAUCUGCGCAAGACGAGCUGUCGCUGGAGGCCUCGGGCUGGAAGCGUCUCCUACGAUCUCCGCUGACGAGCUUCAUCCCGCAAAUGGUGCUCGCGCUUGGCACUGGCCUGCUGUUUGGUCGUCGGAAGGAAGACCUAGUCUUCACAUGGACAGUGCAGACCUUCGUGUUCGUGGUGUUCAACAAGGUCUGCACAUCGCAAUACUUCUUGUGGUAUACAUUGUUCCUCCCCCUACUGCUACCUCGGCUCUCGAUGUCAGGCCGUCGCGCACUUGCGUAUGGUGCAGUUUGGAUUGGGACGCAAGCGCUAUGGCUGAGCGAGGCUUACAAGCUCGAGUUCUUGGGCCAGAACGUCUUCUUUGGGUUGUGGGCCAGGGGGUUAGUCUAUGUUGUGGGCAAUUGUUGGGUGCUUGCAGGGAUCAUGGACUCGUACACCGAAUCAUAA